AUGGUGUUUCCAACUGUUUUAAUUCUUGUUACAUUAUUGAAUGUGAAAGCGAUUUCCAACAUCCGAAUCGCCACCCCAAGUUUUUUUAGCUACAUCAGUUUGACCCAAUAUGGAUAUGUUUAUCAGCCGGUGCCGGACUGUCUCGCACACUUUACGUUCCAGGUGAAAGCUUGUCGUGAUGUACAUGUGGGACUUUUCAACACUGCUGGAGAACCUUACACAUACGGCCUUGUUCUAGGUGGUUGGGGAAAUGCCAAGUCAAGAUUAAGAGCUUGGUCGUCGUCUUACGUUGAUAAUUUCGAGAGGAAUAUAGUGGAUUGUAACGUCUACAAGAGUUUCUGGGUAUCUUGGCGAAACAAUGUUAUAUCGGUAGGGCGUGGCAACUCAUUCAAUGUUGGCACGUUAUUGUCCUUCACAGAUCAACACCCAAACCAAAUACGAUAUGUUGGAAUCACGACAGGAUUCGGUGCCUCGGGUGAAUGGGAAAUACCAAUUAAACGGCCACCAUUGCACUGCUAUCAACAUGUUCAAUGGUCUGUAAAACCAGGACUUCAGAACACAAACAUGACAGCCAACAUCACUUGGUCUGUGACAGCUGAUAACCUCGGACAGUGUGCUGUGGCCUGUAAACGGAGUAAUUCAUGCGUGUCCUUUGUAUACAACAACGAGAAAGAGACAUGUCAAGGUCAUGGGCUUAAGUUCCAUAAUAUCGCCGAAGGCCAAGGCCAUAUACACAAAGGAAGUCACUACUUCACCAAGCAUUAGCCUUUGCAACAGCUUUCUGUGUUGCUAUGAAGAAGAAAAAAGACGCCUUGCAAAGUUUUUAAUAGAUGAUAAUUGGGUCUCCAAAUAACUUACAUGUAUAUUCUCAUCACAUUCUAGUUCUUGAGUGCAGUUUAGGGAAAAUGAAAGCUAAUUAUUCCUUGCACACUCUACAAAAAGUGUUUCAGACACAAAUACAAAGCAAACGAAUAUUGUUAAAUAUCCGCUUUUAUCUGUUUAUAUUUUUAGCUGAUAUGAUACAUUACAGUGACAAACGCCUAUCUCCUGUUUUAUAUUUAAUCAUUGACGCGUGUUGUGAUUAGUCUGCAAUCCUGUGUUGUUAUAGGAAAAUAACACUACAGAGAAUGGAGUAAGAUACUUAUAUUUCCGUUUCUAAUGCAAGGUUUUCCUAAAAGUGUUAUCACAUUACAGACAUAUAAAUACAUACAAUUGACUGCUAUCGGCGAAUUAUAUGGUCCUUGUAUAUCGAUGUAAUUUAUCAUUCGAUCGUGAGGAUAUUCGCCUUUUAUACAACAUAUACUUAUAUAAAUUGCUGUGAGAUUCAUUCAUAAUUUAAUGUUUUCAUCUGGUAGUACGAAUAGGUUACCACGAGGAAUGCGUAUUGUUAUCAACGGUGUGAUUGUUUUCGUGAUUAUAACGACAAUACAAAUUUUUUGUGAUGUAAGGUCAUAAAGAGGCAUGCAGUAGAGGCCGUGUUUAAAUCAAUAAUCUAAAACCAAAACCAUGAACAUCUAUGUACAAUGUACCAGAGGAAGGAAGACUUUUGAUAUAAUUAUCGAUGGUAAGUAUUCAAGUAAGGAUGUGCAGUGUCGGUUAACGACAGUUGUCUUGUCAACGGCGCGACCAGGUGUUGAGAAAUGAAAGCAAUUGAUUUAAUGUUAAUUUUGUAGAGCAAGACUCAAUUUACAUGCUACAACUGGGAUGUCAACCGUGGUAUAAUCAAUAACUUGAUGUUUAUAGUCAACGUCUUAUCUUUCAUAUUUUAUACUUUCACAUAUUUCAUACUUGUUUUGUAAAAACAAUCAUUUGUGUUCGAUAUUAUGAUAUAUAUUUUAUUUAUAUUACAAAACUUUUCAUUGAUGUUCCAUAUCUCGAUAACUAUU